GCUCUCGCUGUCUUUUUGGUCGUCCUUUCUCUUCUUUUACUAAUAUUCUUUUCUUCUUUUUUCCUUUCUCUUUGAAAGCCUGAAGCCGAGGUCGUUUCCUCUGGAUCAGUGGAUCGGGAGAUUCUGACCUCAAAGUGAGUUGUAAUUGGUUGAAGAUUCUCGUUUUAUAGAAGAACUAACGAAGAUUUAACAGUGAUUCCUUUCCAGAUCUGUGAUUAUUUGAGCUCAGAGUGAUUCGGGAUAGAGGAAAACAGUCUUUGAAGGUAGAUAAAAAGGAAAGAUUUUUAGAUCUGGUGUGAAAUGGUGGUGAUGUCGAUUUCACAACCUGUUCAUAGGAAGGAUCCGCCAUGGUGGAGGAUCUAGUUGUAUUGAGCUCGUUUGGGACGAAAAAGAGCUGGGUUUGAACUUUGAAGGGUUUGUUGUGGAUAUUCUCUGGUAAUGGCUACUGUGCAGAAACUGUCGGCGACGAGUCUUAGUACGACUGCUAGUAGUUAUGGAUCUUGUAAAGCUGAUACUGCUGCAAUAGAUCAGUUUCCUGUUGGCUUGAGAGUGCUUGUUGUGGAUGAUGAUACAACCUGUUUGAGGAUUUUGGAGCAGAUGCUUCGGAAAUGCUCGUAUCGUGUUACAACUUGCUCCCAGGCUGCUAUUGCUCUAGACCUGCUUCGCGAAAGGAAAGGUUCUUUUGAUGUGGUAAUAAGUGAUGUUUAUAUGCCUGAUAUGGAUGGAUUUAAGCUCCUUGAACAUGUUGGCCUAGAGAUGGACCUACCUGUUAUUAUGAUGUCUUGUGAUGCAAGAACCAGUGCUGUGAUGAAAGGAAUCAAACAUGGGGCUUGUGAUUAUUUGAUUAAGCCCGUACGCUUAGAAGAGCUGAAGAAUAUAUGGCAGCAUGUUGUCAGAAAAAAGUGGAGUGAGAAUAAAGAACAUGAACAAUCUGGUAGUGCGGAAGAAAAUGAUCGAACUAAACGAGGGGAUGAUGCUGACUAUGCUUCUUCCAUUAAUGAAGGAACAGAUGGCAGUUGGAAAGGUCAGAAAAAGAGGAGGGAUCCUAAAGAUGAUGAAGAUGAGGGUGAUUUGGAAAAUGAUGACCCGGGUACAUCAAAGAAACCCCGUGUCGUGUGGUCAGUGGAAUUGCAUCAACAAUUUGUCAGUGCUGUGAAUCAGCUUGGAAUUGAGAAGGCUGUUCCCAAGAGAAUUCUUGAAUUGAUGAAUGUUCCAGGUUUAACUAGAGAAAAUGUUGCAAGCCAUUUGCAGAAAUUCAGACUAUAUUUAAAGAGGUUAAGUGGAGUAGCUCAGCAACAAGGGGGGAUUUCCAAUUCAUUCUGUGGGCCGGUAGAAUCAAAUGCAAAACUUGGUUCACUAGGCAGACUUGAUAUCCAAGCAUUGGCUGCCUCUGGUCAAAUUCCUCCUCAGACACUGGCUGCUUUGCAGGCUGAGCUUUUGGGUCGGCCAACAGGUGGCCUGGUGUUGCCAGCAAUGGACCAACCAGUUCUUCUUCAAGCAUCGUUACAAGGACCCAAAUGCAUUCCAGUUGAACGUGGUGUGGCAUUCGGUCAACCCAUUAUAAAAUGUCAAUCGAACAUAGCCAAACAGUUUCCGCAAUCCAACAUGUCUGUUGAGGAUAUUCCUUCUGGGUUUGGAACCUGGCCACCUAAUUCUCUUGGUGCUGUUGGUCCUUCAGGUAAUUUUGGGGGGCUAAACACUCAGAACAAUAAUAUGUUGAUGCAAAUGCUACAGCAGCAGCAGCAUCCACAACAGGGUGUGCUAUCUGAACCCAGCCACACAAUUAAUGUUCAGCCUUCUUGCCGUGUUGUCCCCUCCCAAUCAUCGGCCAGUUAUCAGGCAGGAAGCAGUACCGUUCCCCUCGAUCAGAGCUCUAACUUUAAUAGCAGUGCCAUUAUUGAUUACAGCUUGCUUUCUUCUCAACCCAAUAGCGUCUCAUUGGGUAUUGGACAAGUAGUUGAUGGGGAUCUCAAAAAUACUGGUGUGCUUAAUGGGUAUACAAUUCCAGCUUCUAAUUCCUCGCCAGCGUCAUCUUGUGCGGUCCGAGCUGACAACUGCUCAAGUUGGCAAGUUCAAAACUCAUCCGUAUCUUUUAGUACUGCCAGCCAAUUGCCAGGGUUCAUCUCUAAUCCAUGCGAGAUUCAACACUGUUAUGACACAAAAGCAGCAACCAUAGAGGAUACUUGCCAAUAUGAAAUAAGAAUAAGAGUGGAGAAGACAUUGAAACUUAAAUACACAGCUUCCAAAAAAAAGAAAAAAAGAGGAAACUUAAACACAAAGCUUUUGAUGACGGAGAAAACCCUAGGUAGGGAAAAACUCCGGAGCAGGGUGGAUGCUCAGCCUGGUUUCACUAUGGAAAAAAAAGAGUUCAGGAUACAACAGGAAUCAAUGUGA